UUUGGAGCUGCUAGGAGCUCAAUAGCAAUCGUUCAAAGUUGUUAAAACCCCAACGUAUUUUUUUGAUAAAGUCCAGCAAGGCUAAAACCAUUCGUAAGUGGGCCAAAGUGACGAGAAAAACUGCGAAUUCGAGAAAGAUUUUAAAGAACUUAAAAACCUCUUGUGUUAACUAGUCAACUAUUUUCCCUGAAAUAGUUGUAAACCAUUUUUGUGGUUGUUCUUAAUUUAAAUUUUGUUUGCUGAUUAACUUAAUUUUUUUUUGAGCGUAAACCGCCAAGCAAAAGUUCCCACAAAUCGAAGUCAUAGAAUGGUAGAAGGUGACUCUAAAAAAAAUUCCAGUAAUUCGUAUAAUGUAGAAAGUGGCCUACAACCAAACUACGAUACUAACAAUUCAAGCGUAGACAAUCGUUCAAUAAUUCAGCCCUACGGCUUAAGUUCGGAUUCCAAAGAUCUUGGCUAUCACAUCAACGAGGCCUAUGAUGUUGACAAAAAUGACUUAGAGAAGGCCAGUGGUGGCCGUUCGGGCGGCAUGAAAGCCGGCUUCGAACAGGCCAUAGAAAUGUGCGGCUAUGGCAAAUUCCAUUACAUUCUAUUGGCCAUCUGUGGUUUGGUCAGUACGAGUGAGGAGAUGGAUGUCAUUUCAAUGUCCUUUAUUCUGCCAUCGGCUCAAUGUGAUCUUAAUCUGAAUACCGAGACCAAGGGUUGGCUGAAUUCGAUCAUUUUCAUUGGUAUGAUGGUCGGUGCCUACUUUUGGGGUAGUAUUGCCGAUUCCAUGGGUCGCAAAAAGGUCUUGAUUGUCAUCUCCUUCAUGAAUGGUUUUUGCAUUGUCGCCUCGUCAUUUUCGCAAACUUACGAAUGGUUUAUGCUCUUUCGAUUUCUAAAUGGUGCCGCCUUGGGCGGCAGUGGCCCCGUCAUCUGGUCCUAUUUUGCCGAAUUCCAACCGAAAUCGAAACGUGGCUCCAUGUUGAGUUUCAUGGCUGCCUUCUGGACUUUCGGCAAUCUUUUCGUUGCCGGCUUAGCCUGGCUUAUCAUUCCCACCGGCAUUGGUUUUGUUACACCUCUCUUCGUCUACAACUCAUGGCGUAUCUUUUUGAUGGUUUGUGCAAUUCCCUCCUUCAUUGUGGCCUUCUUGCUGUUCUAUUUGCCUGAAUCUCCCAAAUUUCUGCUGUCCAAGGGCAAACAAGAUAAGGCUAUGGCCAUAUUCCGCGGUAUUUUUGUGACCAACACCAAAAAGGCCCCCGAAUUAUAUCCAGUCACCGAAUUGGACAUUGAUGAGAAACUCAUGGCCGAAAUCAAGGAGGCCAAUGAAUCGGUGAAGGGCAAAUAUUCCAAAAUGUUAACGGGCAUGGUGGAACACAGCAAACAAUUGUUUACAUCGCCCAUAUUGAAAUUCACUCUGGUGUCCAUCAUUAUCAACUUCACCUUCCACAUUGGUUACUACGGCCUUAUGAUGUGGUUCCCCGAAUUGUUCAAUCGUUUCGAGGAGUACAGCACCACAUUCCCGGGCGAAAAGGCGGGUGUAUGCACAGUAACUGAUUAUGUGGUGGGUAAGGAUAGUCACGUAGAUGCCGUCUGCUCUUCUCACAUACCCUCAGCGGUGUUCAUGGAAUCGCUGAUCUCUUUGGCCUCUGCAUUGCCCGCAAAUUUAAUAGCCAUUUUGGGUAUGGAUUUGUUGGGUCGCAAGUUCUUCUUGAUCUUUGGUACCAUGACGGCUGGCGUUUGCUCUGCUGCCAUGUACUUUGUCUACAAUUCCACCCAAAAUCUUAUAGUAUCUGCUGUCUUCAGUGGUGCCAUCUCAGCUGCCAAUGCUGCUUUGGAUUGUCUUAUCACAGAGGUGUUCCCCACACAUUUAAGAGCCACUGGUGUGGCCAUUUCUAUGGUGGCCGCCCGUAUGGGUGGUAUUAUUGGUAACAUUGUAAUUGCCACCCUUUUGGAUCAAUACUGUCCUGCACCCACCUUCAUUGUGGCCGUCUUGCUGAUGGGCGGUGGUCUGAUGUGUCUGCUGUUGCCCAACACAACGCGCAAGGAACUGAACUGAGAGGUCAUGCUCACAAUAUUUCCGAAAUCGGAAACGUAACAGUCCCACCCAAAUUUUGUCCGUUAAUGUAGAAAGAGACACAAAACACAAACAAACAAAAAACAACGCGCACAUCGACACAACUACAUUAAAAACACACACUCGCGCACACAGACACACAUGUACACCACCAUAUAUCCACCACACCACACCAGCCAUUUAAAGGAUAUUGCCACGCAUUUUUAACAUUAUUCCCUGAAAUUAUUAAUGUCAUCUGAUGAGAGGCACGGACAUUCCUCUGCUAAAUUUUUGCUUUAGCAGGCUUUACCUUCCGGCUCCAUAUCUUACACCAAUUUGGUAUUUUAUUGUUUUAAUUUGUUCGUAUGCUUAAGUGUAAUGUUGUAAAUUAUAACUAUUCUAUUCAUAUAAAUAUAGUGAGAGAUCUUAUUGUAAAAAUGAUAAUAACAAAAACAAAGAUAUAAGAGCUUUUAUUGUUAAUUAUGAUGUAAACAAAACAAAACCAAACAACCAAAUAAAACAACAGCGAGAAAGAACUGUCAGAAAAUCAAA